CCUCAGAGCCGUCGCGUCACGCGGGGACGGGCCUCAGCGGCAAAGCAACGGCGGCGGUCCUCUGGUCGUGUCCCGUCUCCAGGAUGAGGCCGGCGGCCAUGGGCAGGCGACGGGAUGCUCCGCCGCCGCCGCCGCUGCCCUGCAGCCCGGACGAGGGUCGGCGGGUCCUUUCCCCCCAGCUCGGCGUCGCCGUGAGGGGGGAGAAGCAGCCGUAGCCGCAGCGCAUCUUCUUCCUCCUCCUCCUCCUCCUCCUCCUCCUCGGCUUCCCCCCCGGCGAAGGGACCCGACAUGGACGCGGCGUCCGCAGAACUGCGGCCCCCGGGCCCGUUGGGGUCGCUGGCUGCCAUCUGCCUGGUGAAUCUCUUCUUUUCUGGGAAAAUUGAAAGCGCUGUGCCUUCAUUAGCUUGCAGUGGGAAACCAGAACAGCACACUGAGAGACGAGGGGUCAUCUACAGCCCUUCCUGGCCGUUAAACUAUCCUCCAAAUGUCAACUGCAGCUGGUACAUCCAAGGCGAUCGGGGUGAUGUGAUCACUAUUAGCUUCAAGAACUUUGAUUUGGAGGACUCCCCAAAAUGUUCAGUGGACUGGCUAAUGAUUGGCCCAUCCUCCAAGCGGGAGGAAUACAGAGUAUGUGGAUCCUUCAUCCCUCCUUCUUUCAUCUCUGCCAGGGAUCACGUCUGGAUAGUUUUCCACGCAGAUCUGUCAAGUUCAGGACAGGCUCAGGGAUUUCGCCUUUCUUACAUUCGAGGAAAAACCAGCCAAGCCAAUUGCCAGUCUGAUGAAUUCCGCUGUCUGAAUGGCAAAUGCAUCCCCAGCUCUUGGAAGUGCAAUUCGAUGGAUGAAUGUGGCGAUAACUCAGACGAGAAAAACUGCACCGUUCCCCCAACCGAGCCCCAGUCCAGCAUUUGCCCCCCAGGAACCUUCCAGUGCAGCAUAGCCCAUUCCACUAAGUGCUUGUUAAACGAGCUGAAAUGCAACACGGUCAAAGACUGCAACGAUGGCUCCGACGAGGAAAACUGCCCCGACCUCUCGUGCGGCAAAAGGCUAAGCAACUUCUACGGGUCUUUUGCUUCCCCGGAUUUCUUCCGCUCGGAUCACAGCCGGGCAGACCUCCGGUGCACUUGGUACGUGGACACCCAAGACAACCGCCACGUCCUCCUCCAGCUUGACUUGCAACUGGGCUACAACGACUACGUGAAGGUCUACGACGGGCUGGGGGAGAGAGGGGACAAGCUUAUGCAGACCCUUUCGUACCACAAUAACAGGCACUCCGCGAGCUUGGAGUCUUCCAAGGGGCAGCUGACCAUAGCCUACCAUGCCCACUCAAAGAGCACUGGCCAUGGUUUCAAUGCGACCUACCAGGUGAAAGGCUACUGCCUGCCUUGGGAGCAUCCGUGUGGCAACGACGAGGAGUGCUACACUGACAAGCAGCGCUGCGAUGGUUGGUGGCAUUGCCCCAACGGCAAGGAUGAAGAGAGCUGCCCCGCCUGCCAGAAGAACGAGUACCCAUGCGAGGGAAACAGUGGGCUGUGCUAUUCGUUGCUCGAUCGGUGUAAUAAUCAAAAGAACUGUCCCGAUGGCUCGGAUGAGAAGAACUGCUUCACUUGCCAGCCGGGCAACUUUCACUGCGGCACCAACCUGUGCAUCUUCGAAACGUGGCGCUGUGACGGCCAGGAGGAUUGCCAGGACGGAAGCGACGAGCACAACUGCCUGGUGAUUGUGCCCAGGAAGGUCAUCACGGCGGCUCUCAUCGGGAGCCUGGUCUGCGGGUUGCUCUUAGUGAUCGCUUUGGGAUGUGCCUUUAAGCUGUACUCGUUACGAACCAGGGAAUACAGGGCAUUUGAAACCCAGAUGACCCGUCUGGAGGCGGAGUUUGUGAGACGUGAAGCUCCACCUUCCUAUGGACAACUGAUUGCACAGGGACUUAUUCCGCCAGUGGAAGACUUCCCCGUUUACAAUGCAUCACAAGCCUCCGUUCUGCAGAACAUCCGGAUAGCAAUGAGGAGGCAGAUGAGGCGCCACUCGUCACGACGCAGCUCCUCCCGCCGGCGCUUGGGCAGGCUGUGGAACAGAUUCUUUCACAGGCCGCGAGCAAGAGGCCAGAUCCCACUUUUGAACCCCACUCACACCUCACAGACAGUGCUGGGAGACGGGAUCAUAAACCGCACAGACGGAGCGACCGCACAAAGCCUCCCGCCUUCUCCCGAAGGAGCUAACAUCGAAACAGAGACCUGCAGUCCAGAUCAGGAACGCCAGGGAUCCGAAAGCAGCAGUUUGCAGCCAGGGACAGAAGCUGCGGAGUUGUUGCCCGCUGACGUUUUGUCGAACGCUGACACAGCUGCCUCGGCAGACUCGGAGGACAGGCCCAGCGAUAAGCCUGCGAGUGCUGAAGCCACCUCUAGCGACGAGGCUAGGCAAGCCAGCAAGGUUGAUUCAGGAAGAACAUUUAGGGACCCUUUGUCGGAAAGGGUUACGGAAAUGCACCCGGGUGGGGGGUCGGUACCCAGACGGACAGUUGCAGAGAACCAAAGUUCAAACAGGAGUCACUUGCUGAGUGAAGAGCCAUGUACGCUGCCCUGUAAAAAGUGGGAGUCAAUGUACUCUGACAGCCCACUGAAUGUUCCCAUCCAGGUGGAGGGCCAACGCUGCUGUUGUCCGCAUUCAUAUCACGAAGAACCAUUGGGCAUUCACCCAGCUUGUUGCCAUUCCAUGGAAGUGCCAAUACUAGAAUCCCCUCCCCACCUCUCAGAAAUCAGCCCCAGCGAUGACGAGUCUUUACUGGUUUGCUGAUAGACUCGUGCUGGACUCUGACAGGCUUUUGUGACCUUUUUCUAUUAUGUUGUGAUGCACACCAUUGAUAACCCAAAGGAAUCCGCCUCCUUUGCUGUCUCUUACAGGUCAUUAAUCCCCGGGGGGGGGGGCUGAAAACACAGUGAAAUUUAAUAAGAUAAACUCAGUCCCUGCAGUCCACGGGAGUGUAUUUCAUAUGAUCACAUUUCAAAAACGGAUUUGGUUUUAAAACAUGCUUUACAUGACAGAUGAAGUCAUUGUUCUCCAAAGGGCUCACAAUCUGAAAUGUCUUACCAUCUUAUAAUGUACCCUUGAUGUUAUCCCAGGGAGCAAUCUAGCUACCGGGCCAAAGUCAUAAAAUGAUAGCUUCUGUGGCACCUUAAAGGACAGCUAUUUUAUUGUGAUGUAAACUUUUUGCAGACCUAAUUCUGCUUCGUCAGAUGCAUGAAGUGUUAUCCUCAGUUGGCAGAUGUAUUUGUGUGUGAGUGCAGAGAAAGCAGCUGUAGGGGCAAGUUCCCUUCUUGGGGAGGCCAGUGGAGAGCCAGCAUGGCAUAGUGGUUAAGAGCAGGUGGAUUCUAAUCUGGAGAACUGGGUUUGAUUUUCCACUCCUCCACCUGAGUGGCGGAGACUUAUCUGGUGAACCAGAUGUG